AAAAGGCAGAGGUGGCGAGACGGCCGAGAUGCAAAAGCCAAGAAGUUAUAUGGAGCUUGUAUAAUGUGGCUGAUCGCGAAACCAUGGAUCGAAGAAGAUGAGUGACUUUAUCGAUACAUGGUUGUGGAAUCCGUGGGCAGAUCGGACAGUUUAUAAAGAUGAGAGGUAAGACCAGCUCAAACUGGUUUGAGAAUAAUGAAGUGCGAUCUUAGUAUCACAACCAUCGACAACCAUCGGUAAGGAAGUAAUCGACUAGCAUUUUGACGCGGUGUCAGUAUGAUUUCCAGAAUAUUGUAAGAUAAAUGUUAUGGCACAAUUUCCCAUUGAUCUAACACUGUGUAUUUAAUAGCAUUGAAAGGGAACCAACGGCGCUUAAAUCAACACGAAAUCGAACAAAAUUAAUUGCUUUGAUCGAUACAAUCAAUCAUGACCGAACAUCUUCCGUGACUUUGUUCACGCAAUGAUCUUUAAAAACUAAAAAUAUGUGAAAAACUACAAAUAUAUGAAAUCUACACUUUUCUUUACGGUCACAAAUGUGCUAGAUUCAUUUCUACGCAAAGAGCUAAUAAUAAUAUUACUUAUAUUGUAUUUAGUUCUUAAAUAAACUCGCACCUUUUAUAUUUAGUCAGUUUCAACAAGAACACAGAUGUGUUAUAGUACAGCGCCUGAUUUUCAGGAGUUAAAAAGGAUAAAAUUCUAAAAUUUUCAUAGUUAGCUUUUGAAGAACAUAGAGCAGUUUAUUGAUCACAGAUCGAUCCCUAAAUUCAAAUGCAGCAGGCUUCUCAAUAUAGUCCGUUGUAUAUACUGAGCCGUUUCAUAACUGUAUAAUUUGCCAAUUUUUGCCACUUUACUCGAAAAAAAAAAACAUCUUUGGUUAUUAUCUGGAGUCAUGCAGAAAAGUAGUAAGUGUUAAGUAUUUAAUUUGAUUGGCCUCUUGUUGAUAGCAGAAGGCAUGUUUAUCAUGGGAUCCAGGCUUACCGGAAGUAACAGAUACAGUAGGGUGCAAAAAGUCAGUUUUACAGCUUGCAUUUGGGCAAGUUGUAGCUAGCAUGCAUUAACCCAAAAGUCAAGUUUGAUAAGAAGGAUUGAUUAUAGUUCUUAUGUAAUAAUUUGGAUUACCAAAAAAACUUCACUUGCCUGUUGGGCAAGUUAAAGAAGAACUGAAUUCACAAGCCCAAUAGCAAUCCUGCAGGAAGGGGCCGGAGGAGGGGUUACUUCCUAGUAGUAGACUAAAUGGGUAUGUGCCACUGGAUGCUGUCGCAUUUUCACAACUGGAUUGACUAUUAAGGGGUUGCAUUUUUAUAAGAGUUACUACAAUGGGAUUGCACAUUUUGAGGAUUUUGGGGGUCAAAAUAUAAGGUAUGUAGGGAUUUAAAAAUAGGGGCAAGUUAAAGAAGAACAGAAUUCACAAGCCCAAUAGCAAAAUCCUGCAGGAAGGGGCCGGAGGAGGGGGUAUUUCCUAGUAGUAGACUUAUGGGUAUGUGCCACUGGAUGCUGUUGCAGUUAAUUUAAGGAUGACCAAGUUAAAAGGCUUUAUAAUGUAGAUACAUAAACAGAAAGUGACUAAGCUGGGACUGCUAAUAUUACUUUUUUUCCCCUAAAGUGACUGAGAUGGGGUCUAUUAUGGCUACAGAAUAGACUAUAAUGGGGAAGGGGUUCUGCAGGAGAGGCCAGCGGCACAUACCCAGCAAAAAUGAACCCAAGUUAACCUCCCUAGGAGCAAAAUCCACUAGCCCCAGGCUGUCAGACACUUACUUCCUUUGCAUGCUGCUCAAGUGAGGUCAAAGACGGCCUGCAGCUUGCUUUGUAAAACUGAUAAAGAGCCCAUUUCAAGAGAGGAAGUUAAGUCACCCAGGCACCUAGCCAUCUCAAUCAAGCCAGCUGGCUCAGCCCUUAAGUGGGUCACCCCUACUGGUAUCCAAAUUUCCCUUCAUUGCCAACUCUUACACCAUUCCCCCACUCCACCCCAAUCACUAAUGCCUUUUUUUCUUUUCAUUGCUAUAACACCUUUUUUUAAAUAUAUACAUAUUUUGUAUAUGACACCCACAAACUGUUCUGAUUAGGAUUUUACAAUUGGAUGCAGGACUUGAAAAAAGUUGAAUAAAUUUUUCAAGCUUUUCCUUUUGGCACGCAGCUCUCAUAUUUUUACUUUCUGGAGCCACUUCUAGCUCAUCUUAGUUAAUUAUUUUUUAGAGCAUGACUUGCCUGGACCGGGCAAGAAAGCUUUAAAAGUUACUUGCUCCACAAGAAAAUCUUCUUGGCCUGGACUACCGGACGAGACAUUUUUUUUAGCUCUGGGAUGUACAUGUAGAUGCAAUAUAUGCCACUCGAGGGGUAAAUUAUUUUCACGUAUGCAAUACUAAUCAUUAUAUUGAUGAGUAAUGUUGUAUCCUAUGCGCUAUUAGUAAGUAGUACAAAUACAUAUUAUGUUUCAUGGCUGUAGCAGGGGAUACAGUUGAAUUUAGUCACUAUCAUGUGACCUUCAUAAGCAUUAUCGAUCAAGGGACCAACAGGUUAUAAUCCCAUAUAUGUACAUUUAAUAUGCACUGUUCCCUAGUACUUAUAGGGAAGAAUAACAAUCAAAUGAUUUGUUAAACUUCCUCAGGGCUUAGAAUAACAGAGGAGACACUUGAAGACAGGCUUGCUUAUGAUGAAAUAUUUCUAGACUACUUCAAUGCCUUUUUGGCCCUACCGGUAAGAACUUUUGAAUAAAAUAAUAUUGCAAGCAACAUAAGGGGCCCAAAAUUGAAAUCUCCUGGUUGCUAUAAUGCAUGCAAUUGCAUGUGCAGCCAUAUGUAUAUAGCCAGCAUUCUGUUUGGACUUCCACUAAGAAUGAAUGGAAUCCAGGUUAUAGAAUGCAAACUGAUCUCUCAUAUUUGGACCCUCUAUCACCCAUACUGUAUAAGCACUUUGACCUCCUGUCAGAUCAGCUGGCUUUCACAAAGCAUAGCAUCUGAGCAAGAGGGUUUUAACCUUUGAUUUCACACUCCCUAACCUUUCAGGUUAUUUCUAGUAUAAAGUUUUAUAUGCAUUGCAAACAAGAAAAGAAUUAUUGUUAUACAUGUAUAUAUGUAAUUUACAUGCACAUUAAAUUUUCUAAAUUUUAACUGAUAAACUAAUAAAAAUUUCAAAUUUAUUGGUAUCCAUUAUACUUAAGAAAAAUCUAUUUAGUAACCAUUUUUUAAGCUACCAUCAUGUGUAACCUAGUAGACCACGCAGGAUUAGCUCAGUCGGUAGAGCACUUGACUGCAGUAGCAGGAGGUUGCAGGUUAUAUUCCUGGGAGCAGACCAAUACCCAGGAUCUUAAAAUAACUGAGAAAUGAACUAAGGUACUGCCUUUGCCCUGCAAAUGGCUAGACCUUCAUGUGGCUAGGAUGACUCCGCAAAAUGGAAGUCCCGUCUCCAGUAGGAGACAAAAAAAUUGUGUCCCCAAUUAGUACUUUCGUACUAAAUACAUUGACUAGACACUCAAAUAAAGUGCAUUUUUUUGAAACUGUGGUUUAAUCUUACUUUAAAAUCUUUCUGACUUAUGAACUCACCUUUAGGGUUUUUGUCCAUUGUACAGGCUUUCUCCAAGCAGUUGCAGUAUGAUCCUUUAUCAGGUUCCUUCAAGGUUUUUACAGGACAGACAGAAGUAGAAUUCCAUCAACCACAUCCGAGCCAAGAUGCUGAAGCCGAAGCAAAAAAGAGAGAAAAGGUCGCAUGUUGGGUUAAGACAGAAAGACUACCACUAUUCUUAAAGUAAGUUUUGAAGGGAAUUGCAGGAAACAAAGGUUUCCAAAGUUGGAUUUGAAGUUUCUUUCCCAUGCCAGGGUUUUGACUAAGAAUUCUCGUAGCAGGAGAAAGGUGUAAUGUUACAGGAGAAUAUUUUGGAAGGGGCUUCACGUCUGAAUAAAAAGUAGUCAUAAGCUACUGAACAUUAUUUUAAGCCACAGAAUUCUGCAUAGUUGACAGAGAAUUCUCUGAUCUCCGAUGCCUAAUGAACAUCCUGCUAUGCUUGCAUAAUCAAUGACAACCCACCUUGCUGUUUGAAACAAGGCUAUCAAUAAGGGCCAGGGGGCCAAGCUGGAUUUCCCCCAAUAACUAAUCUCUAUGAGCAGGCCCCCUGCCAAACACUUUCAGAAAAAACAAAAGGAAACCAGACUUCCUACAUGCUGCUGUUCAAUUCUCAAGCUACUAAACCUGGCAUACCCUUAUGCACCUGGCAACAAGAAAUUUUAAUGACAGUCCCAUCAAAAGUCUAGGGGGGGAAAAUUUCCUGGUGGUCUACCCCUACCAGUGUUAUUACCUCUCACAUCAUACAGUCAUGAAUGAACAUGUAAAAGUUAGCUUAGCCUGUUCCAGGGAAUCAGAUUUUGGGGACGGUGCAAAGAGAUGCGAGCAGCAAAAACAGGGAAGGGGGAAAGGGGAAGGGUCACACCUCACUCUGUUAUCUGAACAACUGGAACAGGCUAACGUAAGCUCAUAAAAAUUAAUUAAGGAACCAAUAGUGGCAGCCAGUGGUACCCUUGUAUACUGAGUCUAUCUAUGGGCACAUGUAUUUCCAACCAGGGCUGUCACUAAGAUUUCAAAUUGCCAGGUAUAUACAACAAGUAGGCAGGGAAUCAAACAGCUAGGGAUUUCUUUUGGUUAUAUUUUUCUUCUAUUUUCCUAUGAAAAAAGCUGGGGGCCGCAUUCUUAGUAGCAGGGAAAUCCCUCACUUUGGCGUCUUGACUUAAGGACAGCCCUGAUCUUACUAAGAAAUUAAAGCAACAAUACCAUUGCCUUUUUUAUCAAGUUUGACAAUGUUAGACAUGCAACUAGGGCAAAGAGAUCUGCCAGAAAGUCUGAUGCAUGUUCAGAGUUUUUGUUUUGUUUUUUAAACCUGUUUCUUUUCUUAUUUUCUUGUUUCUGCUGUAUUUGUUACAGCUGGAUGUUCUAGCUCGCUAGUACACUGAAUUACCAUGCAAAACAAUUCUUGAUAUUUCAUUAUUUUGUUGAAAAACAAACAAUUUUGUGGAAAACUCAAGACGAAAAGAACAUCCACCAGUACCCACAGAGAUGCUCUAUACUGAUCUCCGAGCUUAAUGAAUACAACCAAAAGAUGACAUUAGCAGUCUUUUCUUUCUGUUAAUGGCAAUGUAUUACAAAGAAGGGAGUGUGUAAGGGAAUCCACACUCUUGGAAUCCAGGAAAUUUUUGCUUGGAGAAUCUCGGAAUCUGGAAAGUUGUUGUGAAAUCCAUAAUCCUGGGCUUUGGAGUCCGAAAUACAGCUACAUGUAAAUUAAUCCAGAAUGCAACUAACAAUAAUAUUGGAAUCCAGAUUCAAGUUCCACUGACAAAGAAUCCUGUAGCUGGAAUCCAGAAUCCAUGAAGUGGAACCCAAACUCCAAUACUGUCAUGGAUUCCCUUACUUGAAGAGAACUCUCCUAUAUAUAUAUACUGGCAUGGGUGCUGUCGAUUUUUCCUGGAUAAUUCACAGAGAUGGUGUCAAUGACAAGAUAAUAUUUUUAAAUAAAUUUCCUUUACCAUCACUGUAAUACAUCAGUCAAUUCCAGCUGUGCCUAUGCCCCUCCUGGGCUGACAAGGCGGGAAAAUGCCCUGCAGAAGCCUGGGAGGGUGAUCGGCACAGCUGGAAAUGGCUGAUGCAUAGACCAUGCAAGAAAAGCUUUUGGUUCUGAAAAUGCUAAAUCCCUUAUUCCUGAUACUUUCAUUUAAACACACACCGUAACUUUUCGGAUACUUGAACUUCAAGGAGACAAUUGAAAACACAUUUGAAAAACAUAAGAAGCUUCUUCCUAAGCUUCAAGUGGUGACCCUGUGGUACAUCGUGAAAAUUGCAGCUUUUUCACAAUAUGCAAUGCAAGUGCAGCUGUUGUCGUAAAUUUGGACCCACAUUUGCAUUGUUCUGAGGGAAAUCGCACGCUAGCUAUUCGGCUGUGCUAUUACAAGCCUACUCGCUUCGUCCCCGAACAGACAAGAGCGACAGCUAAAUAUAGACUUAAAUCUGCGUUUACAGGAUACUAAUUAAAAAUAAAAAAUAAAAAUUUGGGGCAGUGGGAGUUAUCUUACCUGGAAGACAGGGAAAAGCUCAUGUCUCGAGGUUGUUUUUUCUGAAACUAUUGUUUUGUCAAGCGCAAAAAAAACGUGGCGAAUUUGCGCGCGCGUCGCGUGCGGAACCUCCAACAAUCGCGCAUAGUUUUCGGCGGGAAUGCUACCGCUGGCCGCGGGAACUCGUACAGCAGGUUUACUAACCCUUUAAGUCCUUUAGCCACGACACGAGCCAGCCCGGCUAACUGAGCUGGCUCAACUCGUUUACCGGCAUAUAAACAGGCCCUAGGACUAACCUCCCACGGCCCAUGCAGAAGUUCUUUUGUUUUGUUUUUGUUUCUUUCGUCACGCAGUCUUAAGCUUCCUCAACAACUCGGUUAGAGGGAAGGAACCCGUGACAAAACCCUAAGAAAGUCUGCGUGGGAGGUACCCUGGGUUCUAGAGGUUAUUUUUUUUCUUGUCUAAUUCCUGAUAGUUCGCUUUCAUCUUAGGUAUUUCGAGAACGGACCCCUGUAGCGAGGGUACGUGGGAGCGAAGGUGCACCGUUAGUCUCCGAAGCAGUCGUUUAUGUCUCGUCACGCAACGAUGGGGAGGAGCAGCGUGACGAGACAGUAACGGCUGCGUGGGAGACUAAUGCGCCGUCUGCAAAAGAAAGAUGCAGCAGGUUUUGCAAAAAAGAUACUACUGUCAAUUAGGUUUGAGUAAGAUCUCUCAUCAGUUAAUACGGACCGCGUAAGAAAAGUCAAAUUUCAAUAACAUUUAUAACACCCUUAUUACCCUCGGUGCAAGAGACUUUUCACGCGCGGUUUCCGAUUUCCGUCAAGUCUUUCACUCGUCGCAUUGUUUCGGCCUUCUCGGCCCCAGACGAAGACAAAUCGGCCUGUGACCGACCCGGAAAUUUAGUCCGCGCUAUCAAUCCCCGCACGCGAGAAUAACAAACCACUGGUACUCAGGGUACACGCUUAUUGUAUUUGUUCAGCCUAUUUUUAUAUGUAUGUCAGCUGUUACUAAAUUAUUUCUUUCUGCGUUAGGACCCGUCUCUACCUCGAGUACAAGCUCUGUCGUCUUCUCUUACGCACAUUAGACACGCGCACCGCUCGAGCCAGCAGCCGUGGUCUCCGCGGUUACAGCCGGGCUACAAGUUGUACGAUAUAUAGCCCUAUUGGUAAUUACGGUAUCCGUCCGUCCAGCCGAAGCUCAAACCAUUCAUGGCCUGGAAUGUUAAUGCGCCACUUUGGGAGGAGGCCGUUAGGAAGUGCGACAAGUUUACCUGGGAUGUUGAAUUUGGGUUUGGAGCAGAAUAAGUCGGAAGACGCACUAGGAAGCCUAGGAAAGGAAAACGAAAGCGACAAAGAACUAGAGAAGGAAAAAAACGAAGAAGGUGAGAAACCGACGGGGGUUUAAUUAUAACGACGGGAAAUUAUAGGGACACUACGAGUGGAGACUCCCCAGAAGAGGCCCUUCGGGAGGAGUACUUUAGGAAGUUUUGGGUGGGGAUGUGACGCUGGGACCAUAUAGCUAGUUUAAGUGAAUUUUGCUACCCUAUACUAGACUAAACUCCGCAAAUCCCCCUCCCCCCUAUCCUAGAGUAGCUGUUUUCUAGAAACUACUGAGGUCACUAGCACAGUCCAGCCAGAAAAAAGCUGAUUUAAUUUUUUUAUAUUUUUGAGUGGCAAUUCCCGGUUCAACCCUAGUCUAGACUAAAAUUCUUCAACCAACUGAUCAGUUUCCAGGAAAAUAACACUCUAUUCUAGACCCAACCUCUCUGAUUCAUAUACCCUGUCCCAGAGUAUAAACUGCUUGAAAACCUUACCCUUCACAGCGGCACAUACCUAUAUAGAACAUAUAUUUAUUUAUUUUUAUUGCUGCGGCUAGAAAUCAAGACGUAAUUAACCAUCUUCUUGCGCGCCCAUGAAACAUGUUUUGGUCUGAUGAACAUGUCUCCAUGUUUGCCCGGGCAUUCAUGUGAGAAAAAAUAAAUGUGCGCUAGCCACGAGAAGGUUUAGUUUUACUCCGCUUUAUUCUACCUGUACAUUGUACAGUAUUUGGUGGAAAAUGGUUUGGAAUAUUUUGGACGGGAAUCCAAGGGCACCAAACAAAAUGGAAAUUGCGUAACCAAUCUAAAUAAAAAAAAAAACAAUUUGUUAUACAUAUGUACUAGCUGUAGUCUAAAGAUCAAAUGAUCUAACAAAUCUUACAUUGUACUCUUGAAGGAGACGUAACUUCUGAAGCGCCAAACGAAGCCGAUAAAGGCGUGACUCAUUCAAACGGUGGAGACCUCAAGGACCAAUCAAAGGACAACGAAGGAAACGCCGCUGAACAGCGCAAACCACGGGCUAAAAGUGUCACGCUUAUAGAAAGAACAAUUUACAGAAAUUCAGGUAUUACGUUUUGUGCGUCUUAAUGCCCAGUUGACCCUAUCUAAUAUGGAACUCUAUGCUGACUGACAGGGUCCCAGUAGGUUUUUCGGGAUUCGAGAUUUCAAAUCAAAAAGGUGGGUGAGGGUAAUCACGGCUAGGGACUGAAAGUACGCACGUGCAACCUCGUCCCCAGGGCGCUUUUUCCUGGCUUUGGAGUUUGAUACACGUGAGGCGAGAUGCCGAAGAUGCCGAAAACAACCAUCAGGAUACACAGUCACUCUGGACGUAAGCAUGAAAGCGAGGCCUAAGGGUUGCAUCGAAAUUAAAUUUUAUAAAGUUGCAGAAGUGCACCUCACAACUACGACAAAAAAAAGUUCUCACAAAUGCUGCGCUGUUGCGCUUUGUAAUAAUCGUUCCGAUAAUAGGAAAGCCUGGACGUUUUAUUUAUUUCCGAAGGAUAUAUUCUUGCCGAAGGUUAGUUUCUCCACUUUCCAGUUUCCACCGCAGGUUCAUUUACUAUAACUGCGCCAGGAAUAUCUUGUGAGGUUAAUUUUUAAUCUCUAAAUCACAAAUCGUUCUUGUUUUUUCCGCCCUAUUUAACAUUUUUGGAAGCUUUCGGAAAAUCUGGUGAUCUUAAGGGAGGAUUUCCACUGUCGCGUAAUUUUUACGUGCGUACGCGAGCAAACGUUACGUGCAGUAAAUAACUUGGAAAUUGAGGCAGUGUAUGAAAGGCCAUAAACAGAUAAACGUAAACAUUGAACCUCGCUCAACUUUCACGUUUACGAGCUACACUUUAUACAUUGCCUCUGUGUUGUUUACGUGCGUAAGCACGUAAGAAUCACGCAAUAGUGGAAAUCCGCCUUUAGGCCUCGCUUUCACGCUUACGUCUAGGUGUGUAUUAAGGGAUUAAGCUUUAAUUUGGGUCGGGAUGACAGGAUUAUAGAACCCUUUUGCAGGGGAACCUCGACUAGUGAGCACAUCAAUGAGUCCUCUCUAGCCGAAAUAAUUAAACCAUUAUCAGAUUUCUAAGCGUACCAACGAGAAAGAUGCUAAGAGGUUAGCCUUACACGCAGCCGUUAUUUGUAUCGGAAGCGUUACAACGCGACUACACACAGAAGGCGGCUACGUAGGGGACUAACAUGAGGUGUACCCCGGAGAGGGGUACUUCCUAUCAAGUCCUAUACGGAGAGGCUUCCCCUCAAAUGCGUAGCGUUUCAGACUUCAGUUGUGUCAGUAGCCGAUGAUUGCUGCUGGUUGAAAAGAUUGAGAAAGAAACAAACCAAGUGAUUUUUUCUCGUUUUGUUUCGUUUAGAUGAGGAGAGGAACGAACAAGUCGAAUCCAAACCGGAAGAAAUCUUAGAACCGGAAGAGGAUGGCUCAGAUAACCCGGAUAACGAGCUUGGCGCUGUGAUGGAAUUCGAUGAAGACGAACUUGACGAAGCCCAAACGGAGGCAGAAGUGAAAAACAUCACUAAUAAACAUCAUAUUACAAUUGAAGAACUUAAGAGGGAAGUGCUGGGCUCGGUAAGGAAAAAGGUUUUUUUUAACACCUUCCACUUUGUGUAUCCUUCAAUACUGGGCCGGCAGAAAACAACAGCCAGAACAGCGUGCAAGAGCACCUGGCGUGCAAAGGCUUGAGAAGCGGCCUUCCAUUUUUUUUCAGUGUUAAUUGAUCUCCGCUCCUCUCCUCAAUUUAAGUGAUUUUCAUCAGCUUAUCUCACGAAUAAUCCCUUCUUUUGGCUUAGCUUCAAGGUAUGGAGCUAUUCAAGAAGUUCCUGGACGAAACGUCUGGCAAACCCUUGUUUAAUUUCUGGCUGGACGCUGAACGUUACAGAGACAGCUUGGAAUCCGAACCAGAGGACACUCUACGAGAACAAAGAACAAGACUGUUCAGGUAACACAGGAUUACCAACUUCUGGAGUAUUGUACUGUGCUCCCCAACCUCGUCCCAAAGAGUUUUUUCCUUCCAAAAUAAAAUGAAGGAGCGCAGCUCCCAUUUCAACGUUUACAAAAUUGGAUUGGCUUGCACAGGAAAACCAAGUUCUCCUAGCCUAUAAAGGGUAGCCAAGUGGUCAGGGUGUCCCGUGUUAUUGUCUCGCUCUGUACAAGCUGGAUUUGCUUCUCGGUGAUGUUCCUGAGUUUAACUCCACAGUCGUGUUUAUAGUAGAAAGCUGGGUUUUUGUGAAUUUUACUUGAGUGCAGUGCUUUAUAACACGCUUCUGUCCACCUUUUUUUUUUAAAUCAACUGGUCACGUCGACACUAAAAUCCUUAAGAAUGUAAAAUCUUUGAAAAUGUAACGUGCUUACAGGUUACAUUUUCUUUGAUUAUUGACUUUUGGGCGUACUCUCCUACGCAGCCGUUUUUUGUGUUGUCACGCAACAUUCUUUCCCACAGGAGGAGCGUUGAGUGACGACACAAAGAACGGCCACGAAGGAGACUAUCUCCCCGGGGGGGGCACUUGGGUAUUUUUUGGGUGGGUAUGUGCCGCCCGGGACUCCAAAUUAGCACCCCGUUCUAAAAAAAAAUUCCCCUAAAAUUGAUACCCCGUUCUAGAAAUGGGCCAAUUUUUUAUACCCCGUUCUAGAAUUCGCCCUAAAACUGCUACCCCGUUCUAGAAAUGGGCCAAUUUUUUAUACUCCGUUCUAGGGUGCAACUGAAGAGUACAACAGUUUGCUUGUUAACGCAUUGAACCGUAUUUUUAAAAGCAAUCUGUCCUUGAAUAAUUUCAAAUGGCUGCUUACAAAAGUGGAGCUUUUGUGCGUUCGAAAUAUUAUACCCCUUUCUAGAAAACGCGUCUGAAAUGGAUACCCCGUUCUAAAUCAGGAGCUUCAAAAUCACGACCCCUUUGGGCGGCACAUACCCGUAUAGGUAAUGUAUGGGAGUACCCCCCCCCCCCGGACUAUCUCGGACAUGGCGUGUGACAUAUUGUUUAAAUUCUUCAACAGGGAGAUUCAGGACAAAUACAAGAACGUUUUAACAUCUGACGCUAAGGUAAGUUAGCAAUAGUUGGCUCUUGAUGGUGGCUAAAAUUCUGACCAUAGGUUUUCUUGUACGUAAUUAGUGGGUAAUUAGCUAUCAAUCUCGCGCAAGCUACUGAACACUCCUUCGAAUUCCACAAAACGUAUAUUUUACCAUGCGAAAAGUAGCUUUAUGAUUUAAUAAUCCUAAAUAUUAUAUUAUCUCAAACUGUGACCAUCCAAACUAGAAGCUGCUGAGAUCAGGGGCACCAACGAGAAUAUAGUUCAAAACCACUUAAACAUAGCAUUUUAAAAAGUAUUUUAGUAUUUAAACGGUAGAUAUAGGCAUAUUUUCAUUCUCUAAAAAUUUUUCAUCUGUUCGGAUUUCCUAGCUGAAAGUCUAAUGAUCCGAAAAUUAUAGGGAACAAAACUUUCCUUUUCAAAAAUUUCAGCUAGAAAAAAGGCUCCUGAAAAUUCUAGGUGACCUUUUUAGGAUCAAAACCCGUUAAAAAUGGGCAACUAUACCAUUUUUUAGAUGUUCGAAAAUCCUAGGAGAGGCAGGCAAGCAAGAAAUUUUACAACAAAUGUUCCGAAAAUUCUAGAUCUCAAAUCGUCUUCCGAACAGAUAUUUUCCUAGAAUUGACGUUGGGUGCCCCCGUGAGAUGUUUUUAGUGGUGUUAUGUUAUUUUUAUGCAUUAUGAAUGUAAACUUUUGACUCGCUGGUUGAAUAUUUAACCGCAUUCAGGGGAGACUAAUAAGGAAAAUGGUAUUCAGCCGCAUGGUACUAUUACCUGAACUGUUAAUUUGACUUUUAACGUCCCUUCAAUAAUUGGCUAUGGCUCCCUUUUAACAGGAACAAAUCGAGAGGGCCCUUUUUCAUGGCGGCCUGACGCAGGACCUAUUUAAGAGGACCCAGUAUGACAUGCUGAGAAGAUUACGUUCCUACUGGAUCCCAAGAUUUCUCGUUCAUGUGGAAAGAAAUAGUGACUUUGGGUAAGGGAAGAAUGAACUUGAAAGUGAAUUGUAAGGGAGGGGUCUGGGUCAAAAGAUCUUGUCUUCGAUCACUUUCGUCAAUGAAUAGUCAAUUUCAAUCAUCUCGUAUGCACAUCAAUAAUUAUUAUGCUGAUCUGUUAGACCGAAAAAAUGCUAGCUUGCUAGGCAAUGCGUUCUUCUUGCUCUUCUAGUGGGAGGCUAGUUAAUUAGCUCAUUAGCCAUUUUCGUGCUCUGUUUAUAAUCAUUCUCUUUAAAUUUUCUAGAGACCAGUACAUGGGCUUCAAUGAUCUAAAUCGCCCUCCAUCAGGCCUCAGCUUCUUCCCAACGCUAUCGUUUGCUCAUUCGUUGCCGCCGCUGGGAGAGUGGUGCAGAGAGGUUGUUCGAUCACGCCAGUGGAAUCGUGACAUCAUGGUAAAGGAGAACAGAAACAAGUCCGCGCGGAGGAGAUUAAGUCGAAUACCGGAAGUGUAAGUGUUGAACGUAAACCCUGUCCACACUAGCGCGUUUUCCUUUCAAAACGCAUACAUUCGAUACAUUUAGGCUUUCCGUCCACACUAAUACGCUAAGCGUUUUCAUCGAAAACGCAUCGAUUUGAAAACGCUCUUGAAAGUGGGUCACUUUGAAAACGCAUUCAUAUCGUAUUAGAGUGGACGGUCGAAAACGGUCGAAAACGCAUCAAAAUGAAAACGAUGACCGAAAAUAUCGCAGGUGCGUAUCUUUAUAGCCUGCACAUAGAGUUCAACUUACGUCAGAACGUGCAAUUCUAUCGUUUUCGAACGUUUUGGUGUGAAGAGUCGAAAACCCAUCAAAAUUGUAGUUUUGACGCAAUUCGAUCGAUGCGUUUUCGAUCACAACGGAAACGCAUACCUUUAAAAACGCAUUAGUGUGAACAGGGCCUUAGGCUGGUUUCUUGUUUCUCGUUAUUUUUCCUUCCAAUUAUUGUUGUUGUUGCUGUUACAACCAAAAGUUUGGAUGUUUGUAACAAUACAUGUCAUUGUACAGUUUCAUGAAGUACACAUGUCCUAGUUCGAUUCUUAGUAGCCCGUGUUGUUUGAUUAGACGAGAAACUUUGCUUCACUUUGCUGAUCUAUACAAAGGUUUAUAAAAGUACAUUUCCCCUGUUUUCGACACUAUCUACUUCUUCAUUAAACUCCCAAGCCGUCCGCUCCCCACUCCCCCUAAGCAAUGCGGUGUUACUGCUCAAGAUGCUUAUGGGAAACGUUCACAAACUAGCCAACUUUAAUGAGGUGGUUGGAGAGGGGCAGAGAUAGUUAGUGUACUCCGAUCGCCAAUCGUAGUUAAAAUUUUAGACCGUACUUUUUUCUACCGCUCUUGCUAAAGAUCAAUGCAGUUUCUAAAGAACCCUUUUGUGAUAUUAUUUUCUUCUUUUAGAAGCGAAGACCAUUUUGUUUCAGCACUUCGUGGUGAAAAAGAAGCCGGCUGUCCGUUCAAACGCUACCUGGAAAAGUAAGGUUUCUCUAUAAUUCUAAAUUACAAAUAUUUAAUGGUAUGCACUUGGUGUUAAUUUAGACAAAAUACGUAAUCAUCAUCUAAUUAUCUCGUCCGCGAACAGGCCUUCUUGGUGAUAUCUGGGUUCGGCUCGACUCACCUGCUCCCAGGGCAGGAUUUUUAGAGAGCUUUAGAUUUGAGGACAAGGACGACUACGAGUACGAGAUUUAACUUAAAAAGAUUUUUUCUCGAAAACUAUUCAACCCGGAAAGCUUCAUUGUGUUAUUUUCACCCGAAAAAUUAGUGCGGUUAUUUUCAUUGGAGAAGGUUUAGCCCUUUCCCGGCUGCAAAAUGAUUAAAAUUGAAACAUUUGAUUACUUGUUCCCGCCACUAUGACAUUCUCUCUAAAACCCGUAGUAGAAUGACGACGCCUAUCCCGUUUUCCCGCCAAAAUGACACUGGUUCACCCGCACGCACUACUUAGUAUUGAGAAAAUCUCGUCCUCGUAAUCAUCUUAGAAUCUAAAGCCGGGGGGUACUUUAGGAGUUUUUGGGUGGGGAUGUGCCGCUGGGACCAUGGAACCCUUAGCCUAUACCAGAGCUAGUUCAAGUAAAUUUUGCUACCCAAUAUUAGGCUAAACUCCUUUUUUAUAUUCUUGAGAGGCAAUUUCCGGUUUCCCUAGUCUAGACUAAAAAUCUUCGACCAAUUGAUCAGUUUCCUGGAAAAUAAUACCCUAUUCUAGACCUAAACUCUCUGAUUUAUAAUUGCUUGAAAACCUUACCCUUCACAGCGGCACAUACCAGGAGCCCUGCACAUACCUAUAUAGCCCAUAUAUGGCAGUAGCACCCUCCCGGAACUAAAGGUCUCUCUAAUAUAAAAAGACCCGGAUUAUCUAGUCGAUCGAUAUAAAUUUCUGUUUGUUUUGUUUUCAGUAAUUCCAGUGAUAACAAAACGUUGCUCUUUUGUCUUCUCUUCUGGUUGGAUGUCACCGAUUUCAACGCUGCUGAAAAGAGGUCAGGUGACCGGUACCUUCGACUGGUUAAUGCCUGGGCAAUUUUUAACAAAUACAUUGCAAAUGGUAAGUGCCGAAUUUUUUUUCUUUUUAUUUCGUCUUGGUUGUCUGCUCUUUCUCCUUCCUUGGUGACUUGUGUGUUUGUUUUCUGUUUGUUUGUUUUUAAUGUCAUCUACUCUCUCGCUGUUUUUUCAUCAACGCAGUCGGUCGAAUACGGCAGAAGUAGGCGUAAUCAAUUAGGGUGGGUGUUUCGAGUACCCACCGUGGAUCUUCCACAGCCUUCUAUAAUAUGUGGCUUUUGCGUUCGGCGAGCUCAAGGCGAGAGUAGCGAGCAAAGACCUUCUUCAGUGACCUGUAAUUCGUGACGUGUUUCCUUAAAUUAAGCAACAGCAAUAAUUACUGUACACUGACAUUCAUUUCUCUUAAACUAGAGUGCGAAAUGAGUAUUGGAUUACUUCAACCCGAGAGACUGCGGCUAGAACGUAUUCUUCAUUCAACCAAUGAUUUACCGCUGGCGUUCUUCAAACCGGCUCAAGUAAGUCUCUAGCCUCGUUCCCAAGGCUACUAUUCUUCCCUCCCUUGGAGUGAGCACUCCUGUAUAAGGGGAGGGGAGGAGGAGAGGCGGAGGUGUAGUCACUGAGUAGAACUGUAGCUAUUUGAGAGGUCAAGUUAAUGGGGAGCUUAAGCAAAGGCGUUUUUGAGUGAUGUAGGUUAAUCGGCACUUAGCCCCUUUCUCUUUUACUUCGCCAUAGCACUUCCAAAUUUGAUUGAUGAGCGUCUUUAGUCUCAUAAACGCGAUUUGACCGAAAAAUUUGGGCAAAACAACUGCACGAGAAUGUAAACACAGUCCACUUCCGGUUGAUGUGCGUCGCUGAAAAACGUGCUUGCUUGAGAAAAUAAAAAGCGAUGGGGUUCAGUGAAAGGUUCGAACCCAGGAGUCGUUUCAUAAGUAGUUUGAGUAUGAUCGUCUAGGUGAACGUAGUCCUGAAUAGGACUGUUUUGUUAACAGUGACUGACGUUUUGACAACCUGUGCGGUAGUCAUCUUCAGAGUCAAAGUAAAUUGUAUCACGUCAGUUGAUGGUAUCAAACUCUGGUUAUCGUCCUGAUUGAUCAAUGAAAUCGCGAUGUUGUUGGUCGUCUAUCAGUUAAGCCGUGAUGUUAUUGGCUAUGAAGACUCGUAAUGUCAUUGCUGGGUUUCGAUCCGUCUAUUGUCAGAGUUAAACAGUAGUGAUGGUGUUGUGUUGGUUAGACAUGUAGUCGUCAUAAACUACUGAUACUCUUACCCAACUGAAUAAUAUAGAUAAUGCCAAAUGAUCUGCAAAGAAAUAUAAUGUAAUGUAAACGCUACUCAUUGUCCAAGUACAGUCUACCAAAAUGACGCUUUUUUUUGUUACAGGACCACGCGUCCAAAAAGCUCGAACCAUCAUGGGAAGCCUUUAAACGGCACGAACAGCAGACGUUUGAUAAGUAUGUUUGAUGACAAAUGACUAUAACUCUAAGUUUGAGUUCCAAAAAAGAGGGAAAUAAUUUCUUCACGUUUGAGGCUUACAGGUGUGCUAUUAAUUCUUUUCCUAGCCCCUUGAAAGGCAAAGGAUCUCUUGACGGCGUGUCCAAUGCAGCAAGUGAUAAAGAAGAGAAGAGCCGCUAUUUCUCCCCUACCUCAGGACGAUGGGUGAAAAGGUAACACUUCUUGUAAAUGGAUAGCCGACAUUUCGCGACGCCAUCACUGGCGUCCCUGCGAAAUGACGUGAAAGGAACGAGCCCACAUUCCAUAAUGAUGACGUGUCAUUAUCCAGAUCUGGGUAAUACUUUUGAUUGGUCGUGCUGAGAAGGGAAUUUGCUUCUACUCUUAUUCACAGGGCAAAUAAUAAUCAUCAUCAUCAUUAUAAUCAUCAUCAACACCAUCACCAUCACCAUCAUCCGUCAAAGAUUGUCCCUGUCAGGUGUUGAAUACUAAGAAGCUUAUUAAGCAAAGCCGUCUUUGAGCUACGCACGUCAACUGGAAGCAUUCUUGUACAAUAAAGCCCAUGGUAAAUUUCGGGCAAUCGUUUCAAUAAGAUUGAAGACACUUAGCAAUAUAAAUUUGGCGAGCUUCAAGGGACGAAAAAUCGGCUUUAUCCUCUGAUUUGUGUCACAAGUUUUCUAAAUUGCUGCGUAGCAGGGCGAUUUUCGACGGGCUCACAAACAAGCUAAAGUGGGGGGCAGUGAAAUUGCGAAGCUUCACCGCUCGCGCGCACUUUUGCGACCUCGCCGCUCAGUAGUGUGCCCGAAAAAACCGCCACGCUGCUCAGGCUAGAAGUUGCUAAAACCAUUUUCUUUUUAAAAUUAUUAAAAAUUGCUGUUUUAUUGUCCAACAUGGUAUCUUUUAUGUCUUGCAGGCAUCCUGGUUCUACGCCCUCCCAGCGACAGAGGCGGUUGUACACGUCAUUAGCAAUGGCCGAAGAAAUCGAUGCCAGCCGCUCUUCUCCAAGGACAGAAUCACCCACAAGACAAGUUACUAUACCGCACCCAACGAAGGUAUUGGGCUUCCUGUAAGAAUUAUGUUGUUUCCAAUUACACAGUAUAGUGUGUUUUUAGGACAGAAGCACUUUUUAAUGGGUGUUAAGAGGCUGCGUGCCAAACUAGGUCAAAUUUUCUUCCCGCAAGAACAGUCGCUCUCAGCAAUUCACUACAACUACAAACCCAGAUUCAAGCGCAACCUUUAUUGAUAAACGGAUACGAAACGGAUAAACGACAUAAGGCCUCAAAGACUAAACGUUACCCCCCCCGAGCGUUUUUUCCUGAGGUAAAGUUUUUAUCACAAGCAGUAUGAUCUCUGCAUCCAUUUUUUACCUUAAAUAGACCCUGUGAAUGUCUGUUGGUGCGGCCGGAAUAGGCCAUUUUUCACUGUGACGACAUUUAACUACAACUACCAGAAUUCAUUUCUUAUCUGUUUCUUAUUUAAUUUUUUCAAUCCUGUUGAUAACCUGAAUUUCAGACAUUACUUCGAGUAGCUUACUCCAUAAAGGUAUGAAAUUCAGGCUAUCCCGCUGAGGUUUACAAAACAAUGGCCCUCGUUUGAACUAGAAAGCAACAAACUGAAGGAUUCUGGUAGUUGUAGUAAAAUGACGUCAUCGUGCAAUUGUCCUAUUUGAACUCAAUGGCAACCUCCUCCUUAACCGACCAGCGCCAUAUCAUUUGAGCUAACGAGAAGGUGAUCAUUCUUUCCUCCAUUUAUAAUGUUUCCAAUGACAGGCUAAAAAAGUGAAGACAAAAGCCAGGAAGAAAGGCAAGACCUCGAAAAAUGUAACAUUUGACAGCAAGAAAAAGAAAUCAGCGGAUUCCGAUGAAGGCUCUGAAGCUGAGAAUAAAAAACAAGCUGAACCAGUUAAGCCUACUGCUCCGGAUUUUGUCGACGUUAUAGAGAAUAAAGGGUGAGAGAUCAUUCCAAUUCCUUCCUUUCGCUGGUGAAGUCCAUAAUUCCUGUUCACCUGUUGAGCAUGCGUUGUAAACGACGAAAGAAAAGAGGAUUCUGGAGGUGUCCCAAAGUGAUUAGAAUCGAUAACAUUCAGCACGCUUCAGGAAUUAUAGAAAUUGCCAGUUAUUAUACUAACUCAACUGUGCAUAUGAAUUUUACUUGGAAAAAUAAUGUAAUGAGGUAUAUAUUUUCAGUGAACAAAAACAAUUUAUAUAUACCAUCAGUGACUGUGGGACUUAACUGGGAACCAGGUUACACGACUAUCAAUAUAGCAGGUUCGUUGUUGGAAAUACAGACCUAAUCUUCUCCUCUUUUUUUUUUUUAUGUCAGAACUAUGUCCUCUUUUAAGCAGUAUGUUCAGAAUAUGGAAGGAAGACAAGCACUGAAUCAACUUCUAAUGUACCUUGACAUUGAACAAUACAACGCUAUUUUACCUGCAAAAAAGAUGCAGAAAACACAGCAAGCGACGCUUAUUUACAAGUAAGUGUUAUUUGUUUCCAAAUCGUAUACUACAUGAACAACACUUUGUAUUAAUAAAGCUUUUGAUUUAUUUAUUGAAUCAAUAUCCUGGUAACUGACUACCUACCCCUCCCUUAGGUCAACAUUAACACUUACUUCUCACUUAGGGCAAAAUUGUGACUUAGAGGAGGGGUAGGUGGUCAGUUAGCCAGAAACCAAUUGAUCCCGAGUGCGUAUUAAAGGCCGCUGUGGAUCACCAUUUCCACCAUGAAGGCCACUAUCGAUGUAAUGUAAGUGAUUACCAAAAGAAAACCAGGGAAUUACGGAAGAUUUUGUCUUGCAUUUAUUUCAAAAGUUUGUGAACCGAUCGGAUUCUUUAAAAGGUAACUUAAUUUAGGAAAAGCAACUCGGUUGGUAAGAGCAAAAGGGCAGGCUUUUGAAGUUGGAUAUUUCAUUUCCCCCCUUUCUAUGACCUGCUGAUCCACUUCGCCCCAACAUCCUCCCCACUGCGGCCCUUGUUGGAUUCCGGAUACCAGGUACUGGAUUCCGGUCUUUGUCAGUAGAACUUGGAUUACGGAUUCUAAUCUUUAGUGGGAUCUGGAUUCCUUGAGCCGUAUUCCGAAUUCCAAAGCUAAAGAUUCCGAAUUCGACAAUGAAAAAUUUCCCGGAUUCCGAAACCUGGAUUCGCUUACAUGGGGCAAAACCCGACACCUUCCCAAACAUUGUUACUCUCACUGAAUGUGUCAAAACACAGUUCAAGUUAAUCACCGUCAAGGGAACUAACGCUCAUUUAACCUUCUUUUGCAGGACGUACUUUGACCCUUCAUCCAGAAGGUUAGUAACAAAAUCCCAUCAAUCCCAAUCCAGCCAGCCAGCAGUCCGUCCCAUAUCAUGGACGUCGUAUUAUUAGUUCAUUCGCACAGCCAUCUAUCCAUCCAUCCAUCCACCCAUUCUUCCAUACCGUGGUCUAGUCAGUCACUCAAUUUGUCAACCAGUGAUGAAGGCAGUAUCUCAAUUUUUCAACCAAACAGACUAUCAAUUACGUAGUAUUUUAGUCAGUCCGUUAAAGAGGAGGGUAGCAAUCGGGAGUGAGUGAACGUGAUGGGCGCGCGAGUAGGGAGGAAAACGAACGUUUCUCCUCUCGUGAGUCUUUUGCGUUAUCGCCCGCUUAAGUUCCCCCUUCCGCUUUUUCCUCUAAUGUGUGCAACAAGGUUAUCAAUCAGUCUAUUAGUCAUUCAACCCGUCGAUUAAUCAAUCCAGUACAGUCAAUCAGUAACUGUCUCCUUAGUCUGAAGGCGCUUACCGAAUCUCACGAAAACUAGCUGGCUUGACCGGUCAUUCUGAGAAUGAAAUAGACAAACUUUUUUCGAACGUUUUCGCUUAAAAACUCUCUGACGCUCAUAGUAUUGAGAAAAUAGACUGAUCUGGCUGGUGAUUUAUGGUCAAAUUUUCUUCGCCACUCAGACUGUCUAUCCGACCACUUCUAAAUAAAAUGGUAAACGCUGUACUUUGCGUCUACUAAGUUUGUCUCUUGCUAAGUAAGAUAAUUGCAAAGAUUUGAGGUUAAAUAAGCUUAUUAGAAAAAAAAAACAACACAUUUUAAUUUUUCCGUUGGAAACCGUUCAAAAUAAAGUGUCCAUAUUGUUGCUUCCAGAGAAGAUAUCACUCAAACCUCGCGUUUGUUUUCUCAAUAGGUCAGUGGGCUUACCCCAGGCUCUACUUAACCAAGUGGAAGGAGAGCGGCCCACCUCUCCGAUGUUUAUAGAGGCACAGCAGUUUGUACUCAGUGAUGUACAGGCCUACUUCAAGAGUUUCUUCAAGGUAAUAACCACUAUUUAAACGUAGUAUUGAACAAUUGUUGAAUUCGGCUUUGGUUGGAUGUGGAGAAUAAGGCAGAACGAGGAGAAUGCUAUCUACCGAGGCCGAAGGCCAAGAUAGAUAACUCCCCCGAGAUCCCUAAAAGAAAACCUCAGAAGUUCUUAAGAAUUCUUUCCACGCGGGAUGUGUUCCAGCAAGAUAGGAUUACCGGUAUUGUGGCUCCCACGCGAAUUCGACUGCACUUGGAUUUGAAAUUUUGGAAUUUGGUUUGGAGACUAGUACUCGGAGAAAAACUUGACUUUGCCACUCCCCCGAAAAGCGAAAGCUGCCUGGACUCAACUGAUCGGUUUUGAUCACUUUUCAUUUGUAUGAAUGGCAUGAAAACUGCGGACCGAAAUCAAAGACGCUAGUCACAUUGUAACGAUGUGGACUUCCAAGGUGUUAUCAACAUGAAGGAUGCGCGUCUAAGAUUUUUUGAUCAAGUCAAAGUCAUUUUUGACGAAAGCUUUACUUCAGCGAUCAAGCCGAAUCGAAGCUCAAUCACCUGAAUAUAGUUUGGUGAAGCUAAAAGUAUAAAAAUAGUUUUUACCACUCUUGACAUUGUGUGGGCGGCUUUUAGCAGGGAAGAUGAGCGUUAUUAACAUAAAACAUGGGAAUUCCUUCUUUCUCACUUUACAAACCUUUUUCGGGCUACAUUUAGUAAAUUUGACCCUUUUAUACGGAAAAAGCCUGAUUUGAAACAAAUUGGUAACUUUCUUUAAACUUGACCCUGUAUGGUAUAAAUGAGUGUAAGGCAAUAUUUCGUGCAGUAACUUGAGGAUUUAGAACUCAGUUUCUCUUCCUUGUUUGUUGUAGCAUGCGCAAGAGGCUGGUGGCCGGCGCGAGGGUACACCAAACACCCCCGGAAGUUUUAACAAAGCAGACACUUUUGAGAGCUCGCAAAGCUUUUUGCAGUUUUACAGAAGAAGAACAAGAAAGACCAAGGUGUGUUUAACUUUACUUUUAACGACGUUACUGACUUAUUUUCCUUUUUUAUCUAAAUACGUUCGAACCUCUGAGUACUAAUAUAAAGGCCACCUCUCCAUAACUGCCAGUUUUCUUGCUGGGGCUGAUGUAAUGUUUACUCUUGUUUUAACCUUUAUGCGGCCGCCACCUUUUUAUAAUGGCCUCAAACUGCUCUCAGCAACGGUCAUCAUCAUCAUCAUUAUUAUUAUUAUUAUUAUUAUUAUUAUUAUUAACAAUUAUAAUGAUAUUCCUGUUUAUGGAUGUUCAAUUGAUUAGAGUACCGGCCGAUCUGCACCGACAAAAGAAGACAAGGACAACUUUAAGAAAGUUCUUCAGUCCGUCCACGGUCGACUGUCUAUAAAGAUGGAAUAUUUUCGACGAUACCUUCAGACCCACGGCGAACCUGACGGCUUUCCACGCCUAGAAAAUGACCUUCUCUUCUAUUUAGAAGUGCAAAAGUUCAAGGUAACGAAUAAACAACUUAAAAUAACAAAACUGUUUCUUUUUUUCCGUCUUUUGUCCUUGCAUCCAUAGGCCAAGUUAAAAAAACAAACAAACAACUAAAAAGAAAAUAAAUGUUUCUCGUGCCCGCCCGCUUCAUUUUUGGGGCCAACAAGGCUUAAUUUUCACACAAAUCAUUCUAAAAUCCUGUGUAACUUUCGUUACUUUUUCAAAACACUAGCGAAGCAUUUAUUAGAUACUGAGCUAGUUCUUAUGACGCAUCGAGUUGUUUAAAAUAACAAAUUUGUGUUUCAUCUGACGUUUCAUUUACAAAUAUUUGACCGAGGAACUCAUGAUCCCCUAAGGAUGGUAAGAAUUUGUAGAGAGAGCAUUUCUUUUUUUCUUUUUCCACUUGGCCUUAUGGUAGCCAUUUCGAAUCCAUACAGACUUGAAAUAAACCCUAGCCACUCUCUUAUUUGGCCUAACCAGGUAUGUGCCGCUGAAUAGAUAACAGAGUACGCAAUUGUCUUUUAGGAUCGGAAUCCUUUAAAAGAGUGUAAAUGUUGGCGAUGAGAGGAAAUGAAUAUUCAUUUCGCGUACAGAGACUUGGUCUAGACGAUGCGUGGGCUGCCUGCAACGCAGGCUAACAGAAAGAAGCAAUUUUUCAAAGGACGCCUGAGAAAGGAGCGCAGAAAUUUCAUACUGAUGACUCGUCACUACCCUGAUCUGGGUAGUGCAUUCUGAUUGGUUGAAUCAAAUUUCCCACGCGGCACGACUGGGUAGUGACGCGUCAUCAGUGGGGAAUUUCUGCUCUCGUUUCUCAGACGUCAUUUGGCGGGGAAACCAGUGGUAGCGUCGCCAAAGGUCAGCUGUUUUCUCAGGCUAUUUUUCAAACUACGAUCUUGAUUAAUCAGGCUUAUUCAAUGAGGUCUUUUGUCUUAAGGCCUGUUUACAUGGAGGUCGGUUACCCCAGAUAGGUGAGGUAACAUGUGGCGGGUCACCCCACCUAUCAUGUAAACGUGAUCAAAAUGAGAGAUUAUGUGGACAGGUGGGUUACCCCACCUUAACGGGUUACUUCACAUACCUGGGGUUCCCCACCUCUAUGUAAACAGGCCCUUAAACAGGGUAGUCGGGUGGUGAAAUGAACGUUUGUUGUCUGAAAUUAACAGGGUCAGGGUCUGAUGGCAUCGGCGGCACACCCCUACCCAAACUUCUCUUGAGUGCUCCCCCCGGAGAUAAACACUGAAUUUUUUAAAACUGUAUUUUCUUGUUGUUUACAGGAACUGUUCAAUUACAUGGAUGACGUAAGUUUGCAUUUUUGUUGUUUGCUUUGUUUUGUUUGUUUGUUUCAAUUUAUUGGUUGUUAUCUUGUGGUUGAGUAUAGGCUAAAACCAGGACUGGACUCUGGACUCUGGACCCUGGACUCUACAAGAGUUCAGUAUCCAGAGUCCAGAGUCCAGGGUCUAUAGUCCAGAGUCCAGUCCGGUUUUAUUUUAUUCCCUUGUGGUUGUAAAACUUGCCAAACACUAAUAAGGUUUUUGUAACCAAGUUGUUCCUAAAGGGUUUAGUUUUAUCGUUUGUCUCACGAUUGUCACUUUGAUAUUGAUCGCGGUGGUACAAAUAGUUCGACUCAGUAAAUCGACACUAUCGCCUGAUGAAGACCUGCAGUGUGCGGUCGAAACGUCGCGAUCAAUAUCAAAGUGACAAUCAUGAGACAAACGAUAAAACUAAACCCUUAAUACACAUUAUCCACGAUGAUUAAGAUCUUUCAUGACAAAGUUGUUCCUUUAAUUUCUUUUGGUAGAGUUAGCGGUUAAAGACCGCAAGCGACUUCUCGAGCAAUUUCAAAUCGCGCGUGUAUUGGUUUUAGGAAGGAAAACUAAUUUAUAACCAUUUAAUUACAAAUCUAGCCUAUACGCUCUUACCCCGACAAAAUUUGCAUUGUAAGGGUUUUUUUUUCUUGUUUUGCUUGACGCAGCAUUUAGCUGGCGGUUGGUAAAACUCUUAUCAGUGGGUUAAGAACGCUUUAAGAUUUUGCUAUCUAAGCAUUCCUUGACUAAGAAUAUAUAUUACUUUAAUGUUUAUGAGUUCCUCAAGCGAUGAUUCCACGCUUUUGGAGGAAAACUCAAAGACCGUUCUGUUGCUUUCCGGCCGCCAUAUUUGUGCCCCCUAAAGGGACACCAACAUGGCGUUUCCAUACUAAGGUAAAACGUUUUUCCCGAAUAUCUCGCAUAUAAAAUUUCACACAGACCUGAUUCUUGGCGAGGAUCUUUGUCUAUUUUUGUUCUUUCAUGUCCCAGAAUUUAGACGUUCUGUAUGUAAUGGUCUGCAUUUGUUGUUUUUGAUUGCGUGACAGUGAAGACAGAGAAUAGAAGCGAUCCCAGAGGAUGGCGAUUGUCACGCUCUCUCAUGAGGGACUACACUCUUUCUUUUAUAAGAAUAUAGUUUAUAAGAGUAUCGAGGCUGAAAUUUGCGAAAAUAAAUUUAAGGAUAAACCUCACGCUGAAAUUUAGAAAAAGGACACUGUUUUGUGUGCUGAAAAUCUGUUCUAAACGGCAAAACUAGCCAACAAAACGAAAAAACCUACAACGCAAAUGUCAUAAGCUGUAAUUGAAAAAACAAAUUACAAGAAUAUUUUCAGCCUGGGCAGGAAAAACAACAUUCUUGCAUUAAAUAAAAACGAGUGUACUCGUGAUCUAGCGCAUUUAUAGCGGUUUGUCGUAGUUUUAUAUUUUGAACUGCCUCGAAUUUUGAUGCGAUUUAUCGGCGAUUUUUGGCACAAGAUAGAGUUACCAUAUAUCUACAGCUUAGCGAAUUCAAAAAUUCCAAUUCGUUUCGGUAUGGUAGACGAAGAACUAGGAUCGAUUCGAUUCUGGCCUCUUACAAAAAGACCUGUUAAAAGAAGCGAGGUGAAGUUUGGUGGAAAUUUUUUUCACGCUUUAUACGACACAAUGUUUUGCCGUCUUUUUCUUAUUUCCCGUCCUGUUGUCGCCACUGGGCGAAAAAAUGGAUGUGCACAAAUUUGCUCCUUGCAAAUAUGUAAAUGCUGAGGAGUAUUAAAAUAUAUGGCAAAGAUGGUAAAUGCCACAAUUGCAUACCAAAAAUGACUAGGCAAACGUGGCAUUUACCAUGUUUGCCAUAUAUUUGCUUCUCAGUAUUUACAUGUUUGCAACGUAUUUGCAAGGAGCAAAUUUGUGCAAAUCCAUUUCUUUUGUCCCGUGUUAGAGUUCGCUGAUGUUUGGAAGACUGCAAUAAAUUGCCACGAAUUCGCAACAAAAUAAAUAAAUAAAUAAAUGAUAAUUGUACUACUGACGAUAAUGAUAAUAAUAACACUAAUAAUGAUAAUAAUAAUUAAUAAUGAUGAUGAUGAUAAUGAUGAUGAAAAACACUAAGUUUAACCGGAUUAAUUGGCCUUAAUGCAACCCUUUUUGUUCACAGGUUUCUCUUAACAGAAAAGUUGAGGCAAUCAUUGAGUGCUUUCUUGACUCAGCUACCCCUCCUUGGUUGCAGGUAUUUGAACUUUAUCAGUUAUUCUUUUCGUCCCAUUUAAGGCAGUGGCAGAUAUAGGGGAGAGCCCCCCCCCCCUUAUUUUUAGACCAAACUAACUCAGGCCAAUCAAUCAAUCAAUCAAUCAAUCAAUCAACUUUGUGUCAAAAGAAUUCACGGCGGUGGCUUUUGUUUUGGAGCAUUUGAAUAACUACGGCUGUGAAUAUUUAAGCUUAUCAUAUUUGUCUUGAUGAAGAUGUCAUUCGCAAUCCUACCUCACGCAAUUUUCAAAAUUUUUAAAUUAUGUACUCUUUGAAAUAGCCUUUACAACGAGUAUCAGUGUGUCAAAAUCCUCUUACACGUAUUUUGCUGAACUCACGAAAACUGUCACGUUUUAUGCGAGUGUUAUGUAACGUUUUGUUUGCACAUUGAUGACAUUGAUUUGAGCAAUUGACAUUAGAACUUAAUUACUGUAUAUAAACAUGAUCUGUGCAGUUUUUUCGAGCAGAAGAGAGACAUUCACUGCGAGCGAUACUUAGGGUUAGGUUGGGUUGUAAAUAUGCACGUUCACGAACAACUAUCACACUAAAUGCCCGGUGGUCCGUAUUGACUAGGGAAUUUCAACAAAAAGUGUCACGCUAUAGCCUGCGAGAGCAUACGGUUUUUUCGGCUCUAGUUUCACCCACCGAGAAAGGAGGGAGAGAAGCGACGACCGGAAAUAAGUCUGCGGCUCGCAGGCUAGUCACGCUAGCCCCCAUCGACCUGCGAUCACCGCGUGGUUGCCCUGAAGGUCAAGGUGGCUAGAGGCCUUGCGAAAUGACGAUUCAAAAUAAAAGCACUGUACUUUAUUGCUUUGGGAAACUAGUCGAGGCUAGUUGUAUGUACUUUCUCGCUUAAUAAUAGGCUUUCUAACUUUUCAGCUGGCUUUCGGAGUUUAGGUCUUUUCAGAUUGCCGUGUAUUUAGCCUGUCUGAGUCACACACGUGUUGCCACAGCGUAAAACAUGAACUCCAAGUCCAAGUAAAAUAUAUUCAUGUUUAUUAAUUAAAUGCUGUUACGACAACUUGCGUUCUUGCGAAAGCAGGCAGUAAAAUUUCAAAAUAACGAACAGCCAGAGGGAAAACGUCACAUGAGACAUUUUCAAUAAAAAAUUAAUGAAUUUACACGUCUACAAGGUGCAAGAACUGUUACGCUUACAAUCCGCGAAAUCAAGAGCACAGUCUACUUUAAUGGAUUUCAUUGGCUUCAUUGGUGUUUAUAAACGGGUUCUUAUAAACUUUUACAAAAGAUUAAGUUUCCCAAAGCUUACCUUUAGUUAUCUAUUUUUUACAACUGUGGAACGAAUCUGUAAUAAUGUGACCGAGUUCUUCGUUUGGUGGAAUUAUCAUAAAAUCUCCGUAGAGCGACUGUAAAAUGUUUUUCCAUUCUCGCGGUGCCGGAAGAGAAAAACCAUCGAAAUUGACUUCUGUCACUGGCAAAAUUUCGCUCUUUUUUCGUAUAAUUGGACCAAAAAUAAAUCUCCGAAGAAACCAAUUUGAAUGACUGUAGAUCUCAACAAAAUUGCCGCCAGAGUCACUCUCAACAACAAACAUAUCCACUUGUAAACCAUCGUUAUGCCCACAGCCGCGGCAGGACUUGUAGCAACUUCGUGUGUCACGUAGUUUUCCAAGCAUGCCGGUCCAAGGCGGAAUUUUCCAGUGACGAUCUGUUUCUUCAGUUUGAAAAAAAAUGUCAUCGGGGAGCUCUUUCGUGCCAUAUUUUACGAAUUUUUCAAAGUCUGGUUUGGGAAUACAGAUAUCUACGUCGUUAUCGAAAGGAAUGUGUCCAUUGUGCCGUACAGCACCUAACAAAGUCCCUCGAUAUAGCCAGUAUCUAAUACCAUGUUUUUUAGCGAUGAUAUCAAAGACUCUUAACAUCCUUGUAAGAACAAGUUGAGCUUGCCGAAGCCGUGUUGUUCCUUUGCGACGAAUGUCGGGGCAGUCGAUCUCGCCUCGCGGUUUUCGCUCGCACUGAGCUAAUCUUGUAUACGGGACUGGUUUGAAGUCAGAAUCUUUCGCUCCAUGUAGAGUCAUUACGGGAGUUCUCGUUAAAGUUAGUAAACCGACACUGAACGUGACUAGAGCCAGUAUAAAGAAGCUUUUCUUUCGCCUCUUUACAUGUGUACACCUAAAAAGCAUAUCCAAGAAUUUUAAAAUGUUGAGGAAAUGGCGAUCGAGAUGGCGUAAUCGCUUUAUAUAUGAAACUAAUAACUAUGUAUAGAUCUAACAGACAAGCUGUCACAGAGCUGUCAUUUUUUAAGCACCCGCAGGUAGUAUAUUGACGUCCCGUUGUGCCCAGGCCUUUAGGAUUUUUAGAGUCAAAUGGGAUUUUAAGAAAUUUUAGGAUUUUUUCUGAACGAUAAUAUAGGAAAAUUCAUUACUUGACGAAGGAAUUCCGCGUUAAAUUGCACCAUAGUUAAUUGAGUGGAAUGGUUAUGAAACCCGUCAGACUCCUUUGUUAUAUGUUUUUGUGGACCUGAAAGUGCACAACGUUCAAAAGAAUUCCUAUCAUUUUGAUUGUAUUGACCAAUAAAAACGUUGCAUUAAUUUAUUCCGUAACAAUUUGCCAACAGAAAACAAAGGAUUGUGCACUUUCACGGUGCUUUGAACAUAAACUGCAGCACUGUUGUUUUUAUCAUUGAUGUUUGCCGCUCUUUAUAACCAGUCUCGUCUAAUAACUAUGAUUGCACGUGAAAAACGAUAUCGCACGAAUCGCGAAGGGUGAGUGCGAUUUCGGUUUUCAAGUGCAAUUUAACGAGGAAUUCCUUCGUUAGGUAAUGGAUUUUCCUUGAAUCGCAUAACUGAAUAAAAACAACAAGAAAAGAAAAAAGCCAUAAUAUUGUUUGUUUUUUAUACACUGAGCGCGCGCUCCCGAAAGCCAUUUCAAAGUCCGACUGUCACAACUGUCAUUGCGUUAGCGAAUAGGAAGCAAGGUCAGUCGUACACGAUCUUGACAACUAUAUUUGUACCUUGUGCUUGUUUCUUAAACAAGCUUCAAACUAAUCUCAGGGAUAAAUAGUGGUAUUUCAAUGAAUUUAUUAGCCGUUUAUCUAUAAAUAAUUUUCUCAAAUUUCCAAAUCAUUUGCUCGAGACUGAAAGAAAUGAAGUGUCCGAGGGCACUGAAAGUUUAACAUCGCGAUUAAUAUAAGGUAAGUACCUUGAAAUGGUAAAUGUUAAUACGUGUAUUGUUGCUUCUCCGUCUUGUUUGGUUGAACUUUUGCUUGCCAUUUUCUGGGCCGUAUUCACAGGAUUUUCUUGCUUUCUCGUUGUCACGAGCGAAAGAGGUUUUUCAUGCCUCUCCAAGAAUUUGUAGUUCAAUUCAAAACAAGGAAGAACCUCCGGCUCACUUUGGAAAACACUUUUGUUUGAAAACAUUUGAAAAUGACGUUGUAGAAAAAACGUUUUUGCAGUUGUUGUGUUAGAAUUUGACGAUAGUUGUUUCGUAGGUGCGCUUCGUUAACCAAUCAGAACUAGUACGAGAUUUCAUUCAGUUAUGCGCUUCUACGUCAUAAUGUUUAAAAAAAUUAAGCCGAUAGCAUAAAAAAAAUUGGACGGUUCUAAGAAGCUCAUGAAAUGUCAAACUCUACUAAGUGCUACUGUCGUCAGUUGUCGUUAUCGUUUUUUUGAAAAGAGACGAACCACGUACAUCUUUAGUAUCUGAAUUACAGGUUUGAAGUGUUACAUAUACCAUGCAAUUUGGAAUAAAUUUCAAGAUUUGGGUUUUAUAGACAUUUUUUGAAGACAGAUUUUGUUAGAAACAAAAGAACAUGUGAGACCCUAAAGAAGGAAUGUGUGCCUUCCGAAAUAUUGGUCAAAGAAAUAUAUAUUCCCGACUGUAAAAUCGGCUUUGCUUCUUUUGUUUCUAUAUUUCCAAUUAUAACUGCAUUAGAUCCUUUAUUAGGAUUCGGUCCUUCUUUUUGAUAAGUUGGUCCUUACUUCCUAGCCCGGGGGGGGGGGGGGGGGGUACUGCCAUAUAUGGGCUAUAUAGGUAUGUGCCGCUGUGAAGGGUAUGGUUUUCAAGCAGUUUACUCUAGGAUAGGGUAUAUAAAUCAGAGCGUUUGGGUCUAGAAUAGGGUAUCAUUUUCCAGGAAACUGAUCAGUUGGUUGAAGAUUUUAUCUAGACUAGGUAAACAGCUACUCUAGGAUAGGGGGAUUUGGGGAGUUUACUCUAGUAUAGGGUAGCAAAAUUCAGCUGAACUAGCUCUGGUAUAGGUUAAGGGUUCCAGGGUCCCAGCGGCACAUCCCCACCCAGAAAUUCCUAAAGUACCCCCCCCCCGGGCUUCCUAGUCUGCUACACAGCAGUUUUUAGUGUCGUGCGCAACGCUCCUCCCCACUAGUGGGGAGGAGCGUUGCGCACGACACUAAAAACGGCAGUAGCAGACUACUUACUUCCAAGAUUGAAUUAAAUUUUGUUAGGCCGUUUUUCGGCAGGAACCCCCCAAAACAAAAGAUUUGGGGGACAGCCUUCUCGUUUUGGCGUUUUGAGACUGUCCACAAACUCGUACAGAUGACAGAUGACGGAUGACGGAUUUAACAUUACCUGUGACAUCAGCGACUUGAAGAACUAGAUGAGCGCCAUGAAAGAAGACUGAACAACUGUCUAAUUUUCACACAUCGAUUAAGGACACAGUAGACACUGUGAAGAUUGAAAAGAGGUUUGCUUAUGCCAACGAACAACACAAAGGGCAUUUUGAAUAAUUUGAGCUGGGGUAUGCGCAUUACUGAGUGAGAGAUGAGCCCCUCCCACCCUCUCACAAUUUAAAACGCUCCGCCGACUCUGCAUCAUAGCCUGCGUAGCAGGCGCUUGGAAGUAGCGUCUAAAUUUCUCGUUUUUUAAGUACAUUAUCGAAAUUCAACGCUUUUCUCCUUCUUUUUCUAACUUGCUACGCAAGCUUGAUCACAAGCGCUUUCUCAAUCCCCCCAACUGUUUCGUCCGGUAUUAGUGUAAACUGCGAUCAAGCAUUCUUUUUUGUUUUGAUUUGUUUGGUUUGGCUUUUUUCGGGGAAGUGGGACGGGCCGGACCAGUGCUCCUCGUUCCAUGUUAGCUAAUCUGAAUUCCGGAAACCAGCAAAUUUUUGCGUUAUGGAAUCCGGAAUUUUCAGCUCAUUUAAUCCGGAAUCCACACCGCUAACAAUGGCAUUCCGGAAUUCAAGUUCCACUAGCAACGAAUCCAAUGGUCUUGGAUUACCAGCACUGACAUCGCAGAGGGCUUUUCUUUUAUAAAGCCUUUCUUUUCGCAUCUCCAAAGUUGCGUCUAUAAAGUGCUUUGACCACAGUGAAACCAACCUCUGUUAAUUGAAACCUGAGCAUCGAUUCAGUUACCUCAAAAGUCGAGGAAAAAGUCGAGAAAAAGUCGGGAUAAAAACCCAAAGGCGAGAAAAAAAUCGAAAAAUUAAAAAGGAAAAUCGAGCGCUAAAUUUGCAUUGCACUAUUCGGGAUCCGCAUUAAUUAAUUUAAGUAUGGCAAAUAGAGGCUAAUAGGUGCUUUUUGGGGGGUUUUUCUGCUCCAAAAAUUCAGAACUGAAAUAAUUUUCCUCUCCUUUUAAACGCUUAGGAAGUUUUGACAAAACGUCCGUGAAAUUAUUUUUUCUAAUUUCACUCGUGAGUCAUCAUUUAAUUUCUUCCCGUACUCACAAAAGCCGUUUGGGACUGUUUACUAUCCAAUCUUAAAAUCGAGCAUGGAGCAAAAAAAAAUGAUACAGACAUUUCGUUUCAUAUCCAUUGUCAAGAGCCAUUAUGGCUCUUGCCAUUAUCGAUUUAAAUUUUUAAUUUAUUCAAUCUAUAUUUAAACACCUGGAUGGUGGACCAAAAGGUCAACAUAAAUAGGCUAAGAUUAUUGUCAUUAGCAUUUCAUAUUUUGAAUGCAUCUUCAAAUUGUUUUGAUCUGAUCAUUGAAGUUUAUAUCUACAUCACUUACUAAAGUUUGAUUUUUGGUUCAAAUUCCCCCUACCCGUUCCCCACACUUAAAUCAAAUGCAUCCUGGGGACAUUUUAAUUGACAGAAGGAAUGGUUAUAAAUAAACCACUGUUAGCGUCACGAACUCCUUUGUUAUAUGUUUUUGUGGACCUAUAAAAAAAGAAAUUGAGAUUACUACAUCAUGACCAUUUCACUGCACAACGUUCAAAAGGUCAAUUCCUAUCAUUUUUUUAUUCUAUUGUAUUGACCAAUAAAAAAACGUUGCAUUAAUUUAUUCCGUAACAAUUUGCCAACAGAAAACAAAGGAUUGUGCACUUUCACGGUGCUUUGAACAUAAACUGCAGCACUGUUGUUUUUAUCAUUGAUGUUUGCCGCUCUUUAUAACCAGUCUCCUCUAAUAACUAUGGGUUAAAGAGAUGAUUGUCUACAAUCACCUGCAAUCAGAAAUUUCACUGACCAAAUAGCUAGCGUUUUGACUUAGGCAUAGCCUUGUAAUUGCUAAUUUGGUAAUACCUUAUAAAUAUCGUGGAAUUAUUCAAAUAUAAAACAACAUGUUUCUUCUCUGUAUUUUACGCCUGUUUUGUUUUACAUUUAUUUAUUGUCUGUUCGACUUGGAGAGCGGAGUAAAACGCUUCUCAGGCUAAAUGUUCGCCUCUUAUUGGCAGGUCAUAUUUAAUACCGACUUCUGCGAAACCUUGUUAGAAAUCGAGUGUGAAUAUUCCAACUUAACACCACCUGUCCUUGUAUCAAUGCUAAAAUUUAGAAAAUAUAGAAGAUACUGAAUGUUAAGAAAAAUGAACACCCGCAAAGUGGCUUUCUCGAUAGGAGUUGCACUGGCGUUGGGAAUCAGUUGGUUUUUAAUUGUAAUAAAGAAACCUCCAAGACGAAAUGUGGCAGAUUCCGACCUGAGGCCAAAUGCUUACAACAACUUAGCUCAAUGCGAAAGAAGCAUUCAAGGCGAGAUCAACUGCCCCGACAUUCGUCACAGAGGAAAACACGGCUUCGACAAGCUCAACUUGCGCUUACAAGGAUGUUAAGAAUCUUUGAUCUUAUAGCUAAAAAACAUGGUAUUCGAUACUGGCUUUACAGAGGGACUUUAGUAGGCGCCGUGCGGCAUAAUGGGCAUAAUCCUUUCGAUGAUGACGUAGAUAUCUGUAUUCCCAAAUCAGACUUUGAGAAGUUCGUGGAAAAGGGCGCGAAGGAGCUACCCGAUGAUAUUUUCUUUCAAUCUGAAGAAACCGACCCUCAUUGGAAAGUGCCGUAUGUGAGUGGCAUGCUGGGAAAACUACGCGACACACGAAGCUGUCUCAAGACUUGUAUUACCGGUUGUAAAUAUAACGAUGGUUUGACUAUCGACAUGUUUGUUGUGGAGAGUGACGAUUAUGGCAAUUUUAUAGAGAUCUACUCUUCCCCACAUCGUUUUUUACGACUCAUCUACAGUCCGAUUGUUAGAGAACACAGCGAAAUUUUCCCACUAACCCAAGUAAAUUUCGAUGGAUUUUCUUUACCGGCUCCGCGAGAAUGGAAGAAAAUUUUACGAGCGCUGUACGGAGAUUUUAUGAUAAUUCCACCUACGGAACCUCUUGCUCAUAAAAAUACAGAUGCACUUCACAGCUGUAAAGAGAUAGACCCUUUCACUGUCAUACAGAGAAGAAAAAAAAAUUAAGAGGAAGCUUACAGGGAAUCUUCAAUUUUCCUUCCUUCGAUCUCGUUGAAAAUUUUGUUACAUUUUGCGUCAAUGUUAUUGCAUUUUGCGGUCCCUAUUCGCUAUGGAACUUAACAGAUUACCUUGUAAAUGAGAAAGUAAAAACUUCGUGUCAAACAAAUUUGUCUCGCAAGCAAUGAUUUAUAAUUAAAUCAAACAUUACAAACAUAUACUUUGGCACAAAUGGCUCUUAGAAGUCAUGCAUUACGCCCGCAGCCUUCAGAUUUGCGUUGACUGUAGUCUAUUACCCAAUGAGAGACAGAUAGUGAGUUAAUUAUCAAUGUAUAAUAAACUGUAGAAAAUUCGCUUCUCAUCAGUGUUUUAAAAUCCAAAUUUUCGCCUUAAAAACCAUUAAUUUUUGUGAUGGUUUGACUGAAUGAAAUGUUGUUGCGUUGGUACGCUAUGAAAAUUGACACUUGACCACUGCCGGUUGAUGUGUUAGUAAUUCUGUGCUGAGCAUUCAGUUCCUAAAGUGACUCGGUGACUGUUAAAGAAAUAGGUUUCCGGUAAAUUUUAAGAUAUUUCUUACCAAAGCUGCUCUAAUAUUCUAAGAAUCUGUAGCGCGAUCCUCAACCGAGGAUAGUUCCUGGGAAACGGACUAGCAUCAGCCAAAUGUCAGAAGCUUGUACACUCAUUUGUUCCCAGUUAGAGAAUUUAUUUGUAACAGAGGGAAUCGGAUCUGUCCUCCUCCGAAGAAUGCUACAAGUUUUUGUUGUUUUCCUGGUAACACCUCAGAGCUGAGAGGGAGAGCAAAAAAAACAUGGCACUCGCUGGGAGCCUGUUCCCACAGUUUCCAAAUACCCAGCCAGUAUAUUUGCUACCACAUCUUUUGCGGAUACUUUUCCCCAUAAAUAGCGUAUUCAAGACCCGAGAAGAGAACGUCAGAACGCAUUAAAAAAAAAAGAUUUCACGAGUGGUCUCUUGAAGAAUGUGCAAUUGGUGCCUUAUGUAAGGGUAUCCGAAUUCUGGAUUCCCGGAAAUGUUUGCUUGUGGAUCGAAAACUGGAGUCCGGAAAAAUUGUACUCGCGGAAUACGGAAUCCUGGGCUUUGGAAUUCGGAACGCAGCUCAAGGCGUCCGGAAUCCCACUAGCAAUUGGAAUCCAGACUCCAAGUUCCAUUGACAAAGGUUGGAAUCCAGUACCUGGAAUCCGGAUUCCAGGACUGUCGUGGAUGCCCUUACGUGGGGUGACCACUUCGCAAAUUUAAAAAUUUUAAAAACUGCUCAAAUGGAUUCUAUAGGAGACAUGUUGAUUGCUCGAAAAGCUUAUUUGUUUCAGACCCUGAGACAAGGGGCGGGGGCGGUCUCCAAAAAACUGUGUUUCGGCCCUUCGGGCCUCAUUUUGGUCGAAAAAUAAGGGGUGCCCGUGCCUCCCGGCCCCCCCCUGGAUCUGCAACUGCAAAGACCCCAGUUUCUAAUUGAAAAAGCCUUAGGUACAUUUUUCUUAGACUUGGUAUAGUAAUCAUGAUGUUCUCUAUUUAGGACAACAUUAAAAGAAUGUGUAAAUAAGUUAUCCAGGCACUUAAUUUGGAAUUGGAAAAUGUUGGUUUUGGAGGAGAGUGGAAAACCGAAGUACCCGGAGAAAAACCUCUCGGAGCAAGGGAGAGAACUAACAACAAACUCGACCCACAUAUGGCGUCGACGCCGGGAUUUGAACCCGGGCCACAUUGGUGGGAGGCGAGUGCUCUCACCACUGCGCCACCCUUGCUCUCCAAAACAUAAAGAUAAAGAUGGCGCGAUGCUCAGCACGUCAAUCUUGAGAGCAAUUUCCACCCAAUUUUAACUCGAGCCUCAGUGUCUGAUGUACGAGGGGGUAAAUCUACAAUUAUACGUGCUGCUUUGUUUUGCAGAACUUGUACCUCUUCUAUUAAUUAAAGCCACGUCACCCCUAUCUCCCCAAUUAAUAUCAGCAUAGUCGAAUAUAGUUAUUGCAUUAGAUAGCUUUCUUAAUUCAUUGACUUGAGUUUCUUUUUGCAUUUAGAUUGACAUCGGGCCAGAGCUCGCCUCCAGAAUUAUACACAAAGCACAGGUGUUUUCGUCUGGGAAGAAAAUCCCUAGGGAGCAGAAAGAACCCGGGCUGUUUGAUGAAGCUCAGAGUAUCCUGUUUAAAGAAAUGCUGCCAUAUUGGGCGGGGUUUUGUAAACAGUAUACCCAACCCGAGGAUGUGAAUAAAGUCAAAUUACCUCGUAAGUACUGUCCUUCCGUUCAGCGCUCUACGGUAAGGGCAGAUAAGGGGGAUACUCCCUGUGUGUAAUGACCCGGCUUUACGGGAAGUUUCGGCGCAAAAGCGUUACCCUUUUCAGGCUUCAGGUAAAUGAAAGAGUAGGGAUUUCACCAGUUAAAUUAUAUGAAAAGAGUAGGGAAAUCCUGUCUCCUCCACAGUGACCUCUUUGAAUUGUGUCGUAGGGAGGCUGAAGCGAAAGAAAAAGAAAGCGCGCGGGUCACGAUGGGAAGGGAAAAGAGGGGAAAAGAGGCUUUUUCCUGCCUUUUCCUUCUUCCCAUCGUCCACCGCGCGCUUUCUAUUUCUCGAUUAUUACAAUUUUUAUUGGGAUCUAUGGCCCAGCAUGAACUUCUGUGGAGGGGAGAGUAGAGAAAUCUGUCAUUGCGGUCUGUGAAGGACCUAAACGGGCUAACAGACGCUUUUUAUGGCGGUGAAAAAGAGAGGAAACCUUUCUGGUUUAGUGAUUUGUUUAUAUUUAAAAGACGUUGCAUAGGGAUGCAGCGUUCUAACCUAGUAUGUGAAAGGGGUACCAUUUCUCAAUAAAGGCAUACAAAAGGGGUACGUUUUCUGUCAAAAAUGGUAUAUGAAAGGGUAAGAGCUUGAACCUCGGGGCGGAACCCCCCAGUAUAAAACUUUACUUAGUUCCCCCCCCCCCCCCACCCCUAGUCGUUUAAGAUUUCUAUCGCAAUCUAGUGCUGCAAGGCUACAAUAAAGAGUCCAACGGCGCUUUCCAUUUUGGAACUAUCCUAGCCAGAUUAGUUUAUUUGUUAAUUGUAUGCAGGAUGUCAUGAGUUUCAGUAAAAAAUUGCCAGAACGAUGCUUAUGGGUAAAGCUAGCGUGAAAGGAAGAAAUGAACAUUAAAAGACAAGAAAUGGGAAAACUUGGUCACGUGGUACAAAUUAACGUUUGGCGUUUGCCGUAAACGUAACUCUAAAUCCCUCUACUGACAAGAUGCUUUUUUAUUCUCGACAGCAACGAAACAAGAGAAGCUUCUUCAAAAGCGUUACGCAGAGUUUCUGAAGUACCCUGCUGUUACCAAGACGAUUAUACUACCCAACGUACCUCCUUCCACCCAUGGUCAGUUAAAAAGCGAGCUGAGUUUUUCUGUGUCAGACGGAAUGAAGUGGAAGGUAAGAAGAUAGAAAGAAAGCUUUCGGUUUUUCCAGCUAAACCAUAUGGCUAGUGUUUUUGCUGUCCGAACGAAUGUGUCCUCGUUAACGAAGGCAACAGUAGUCCAGCUUUGGCCCUUCUCUGUUUGUCAUGCAACACACAGAGAGAAUGUGUUGUGUGACGUAGAGGGCGCCACCAGAACGAUGAUAACGAAGUAGCAAGGGCUAGGCUUGAAUAUUAUAUUGAAAAGAAAAGGCCAUGAUAUUUUAAUACAGUUUGCUUGCUUACUAAAUUAUAAAUCGGUAAAACAAAAGUCUGUCGAAGAAAUCAUGGCCACGUAACAAACAAGGAAAAAUUAUGAUCUUUGAGCAUCAUACUUUAGUCAAGCGGAGAUAAAACUUGAACAAGUCGGGCCACUUUUUUUACCCGAACGCAAUCUGUUUUCAGUUUUUCAUUUUUGCCUCUCGGUGCUCUUUUUUUAGCUUUCCGCAUGUCUCUUCGGUUCUUGUACACUUUUAAGCUUUUCUUUCGAUAAUUUAGUCAUUUCUUUGACAAAUUUGAAAGUGCCCAAAAUUUAUCAUGACUCAAUUUGCAUGGCUUUUAAGUCCCUCAGCUCUCUCUCCUGACUAGUUCUUGCAACGCCGAUGUAAUGUGAUUCAUGCCCUUUAUGCAUGGUAAAUAUCACGAAGUAUCCCUAACCCUAAACCUCACCUAAACGCAAGCAAGUCAAACAUGAAGUCAGAUAGAAAUUAGAUGUGUGAAUUAGAUAUGCAGUACAGUAGACCCGAUUUAUUUGCAUUCCCAGACAUAAUUUUUGCCUUGUGCAACUUAGGCUGAAACAGUUUGUGUGUACUAAUCAAACGUUUUAUGAUGUUCUCUGUUUACAGGAAAUAAAGGAUCUUGAAACAGGAAGCGCUGUGUCCAGUAGGGCUGGGAGUGCACGUGGCAGACCCGCUGAAAAUGGUCCCUCAAUGGACUUGUCAAAUCACCAAGCACAAGUAGAAGUAAUCACGUGACAACGUGUAUCCUGUAGCUGAAUUACAGUAUUGCUCUGCUUUGGGCUACAUUACAGGCUGAGCUGAGUGGUAAACAGUUAGCGUCUGUUGAUGUUCCUGGAGAAUAUGUGACAAAAAGGCCCAAAGGAGCCUUGUGUGACAAAGACUUGAAAAAUGAACCUCGUUUGUCGGGAUUCGUAAAUAGGGAGGUAAAAGCCCGGGGGGGAUACUGCCAUAUAUGGGCUAUAUGGGUAUGUGCCGCUGUGAAGGGUAUGGUUUUCAAGCAGUUUACUCUAGGAUAGGGUAUAUAAAUCAGAGCGUUUGGGUCUAGAAUAGGGUAUCAUUUUUC